AUACGGAGCGCGAGGCGAGCGACAUCUGUCAAAGGUUUCAGGCCUAACUUCAGGGUGUUCGCCGUUUGAGGAGGAGUGCCAACGAGUUCGUUUCGUACCGAGUAAACAAAAGCGGAAAUGGAAGGAAAAACGUCGACGUUGGCGGCACAGCCGUGAGCGCGAGACGACCGGCGGCUGUACUCCUGAUCCUGGGUAUCGGAGCGUUGUUGUUGAUAUAUUAUAUCCAUAACGAGAAAGUCGAGAUGACUGCGAGGCAGCUCGUCGGUUUAGACUUUGAAGUUUUCGGGAGAGUUCAGGGUGUCUUCUUCCGAAAGUACACUCAAGAAAAGGGUAGGCAAUUGGGCCUGAAGGGAUGGUGCAGAAAUACGGAUCGAGGGACCGUCGUCGGUUACGUAGAAGGAGAUAAAGGAAAAGUAGAAGACAUGAAACGGUGGCUGCAGUACACAGGAAGUCCACAGUCGCAGAUUGAAAAAGCUGAAUUCCGCAGCGAGAAAGAAAUCACGGAAACUCAAUUCAGCGACUUCAAAAUUAAGAAAUGAGUCACAUACUGCGAACCGCAUGCAUACAUCUAGAAGCUGAAAUUAUUUAACGUCAUCGUCUGAAAUGUAUGAAUCAAUCUGACGAUGAAACGAGAUUCACGAAAUCACAUCUAGCUUUUUUUCAUUGUGUGUAAAU